AUGGGAACCCAUAAACAGGAGACUAACUUCUUUCAGUGCGACAACGUGAAUGAGGUGCCAGAAAAGAAAGGAAAGAAAGGGCCCAGCGAAGAACUUUUCAUAGAACCUGAAAAUCUUGAAGGCGACUCAUUUAAACCCGAUCCAAACAUCUUAAAUGAUCAAAUUCAGCUUGUGAUGGAAAUUGUGGAACGGAAGGAGUUAGAAAAACAACAACUUAUGCAUGAUCUAGAAAAGGCUCGAGAAAUCGUAAAAAGUCAUGAGGAAUCAUUAUUACAUUUAAAACGAGUAUACAACUUAAUGGAUACCUUGGAAUAUGUUAGUUCACAAAUUUCUUUGAGAGAUGGAUCCAUUACAUCUGCGGAGCCCAUGGAUAAAACAUUAAUGGAAUUAUUUAACGAUGAAGCUUUCAUGAAUUACUUACAGAAA